GCUCCUCCCAAGCCGAUGCGCCAGGGGGGAGGAGGCGGCCGCAGCGGAGCCAAUGGGCGCGCGGGGUGGGGGCGGGGCCCAGGGGGGCUGAGCCAGGCCAGGAGCCGCCGAGUUGGUAAACAAGCCCCGCGCCUCGUGGUGCGGCUGGGCGGGUGGGAGCGGAGGAGUCGGACGUGGCGUUGUGCGGGGGGCAACGCUGAAGGGUCAGUCAUGGCAGGUGAUGCCAUCAUGCUGAUCAGAGGCUUGGCUAAGCUCAGUAAGGCCAUCAUAGAAACCCAAGUAGGACAGCUGCGGCAAGGAGUUGUUGGUGGCGAUGCAGUUAUCAUUGCAAGGACCUUUCAGACCACUGUUGAAGAGCAAUUCAGUGCUGCCAUGGGAAAGAUGCAGGAUCUGGGUAAACAGCAAGAAAACUUAACUGAUCUUGGUGAGGAUUUUGGGAGCGAUUACAAUUUCUCGGGGCCAGAGUCGUCAAAUGCUACAAAGGACUUCUCAUCUCCAGGCCAGCCCGACAAAGGUAGUGGUACAGAGGGUCCAGCUUACACCUACGCCACAAACGGACCUUUUAGAAAUGUCAGCGAGAUUGGAGAUGCAAGCCCAGGGCAGAUUCCUUUCUCCGCCAAAGUGAAUGCAAAGCUAUUUGGAGGCUUUAGGGACCCUGGAAAUCCUUUUGCUGCUGUUUUUGGGCAAAACAGGGCUUUUCACCAGGACCAUUCCUCUGUCAGUGGGCUAACAGCUGAAGAUAUUGAUAAAGCCAGGCAGGCCAAAACCGAUCCGGAACACAAACCUCACAAACAAAUGCUAAGUGAACGGGCCCGAGAGCGGAAGGUGCCAGUCACACGGCUUGGGAGACUCGCUAACUUUGGAGGACUAGCUGUUGGUCUUGGCAUUGGGGCCUUGGCAGAAGUUGCAAAGAAGAGCCUUAGACAUGAAGAACGCAAUGGAAAGAAAGCAGUUAUGGAUUCCAGCCCCUUUCUGUCAGAGGCCAAUGCAGAAAGAAUUGUGAGAACUCUGUGCAAAGUGCGGGGAGCUGCACUGAAGCUAGGACAGAUGUUGAGCAUUCAAGAUAAUGCCUUCAUCAACCCUCAUCUCCAGAAGAUUUUUGAGCGUGUACGUCAGAGUGCAGACUUCAUGCCAAUAAAGCAAAUGAUGAAAACUUUGAACGACGACCUUGGUCCCAACUGGAGGGAUAAACUGGAGUACUUUGAAGAGCGUCCCUUUGCUGCCGCUUCCAUUGGCCAGGUUCACCUGGCACGCUUGAAGAAUGGUAAAGAAGUUGCCAUGAAGAUCCAGUACCCUGGUGUAGCCCAGAGCAUCAAUAGCGAUGUUAGCAAUCUGAUGACCGUCCUGAGCAUGAGCAACGUUCUCCCAGAAGGUCUGUUUCAUGAGCACAUGAUUGAAGUUUUGAGCAGAGAAUUGGCCAUGGAGUGUGAUUACAAGAGAGAAGCUGCCUGUGCUAAGAAAUUCAAGGAGCUGUUGAAGGAUCACCCUUUCUUUUACGUGCCUGAUGUAGUGGAUGAGCUGUGCAGCCAGCAUGUCCUGACCACAGAUCUGGUGUCUGGGUUCCCGCUGGACCAAGCAGAAGGAUUGAGCCAGGAAAUCCGGAAUGAGAUCUGCUCCAACAUCCUGAUUCUGUGCCUGCGGGAGCUGUUUGAGUUCAGGUUCAUGCAGACUGAUCCGAACUGGUCUAACUUCUUCUAUGACCCACAGCUGCACAAGGUGGCCCUGCUGGACUUCGGCGCAACUCGUGGGUUUGACGAGGACUUCACUGACCUCUACAUUGAGGUAAUAAAGGCGGCUGCAGAUCAGGACAGAGAGACAGUUUUGAGGAAGUCGAUAGAAAUGAAAUUCCUUACUGGUUAUGAAGUCAAGGAGAUGGAAAAUGCCCACUUAGAAGCUGUUCUCAUCCUGGGAGAGGCUUUUGCGUCUGAGGAGCCAUUUGACUUCGGCACCCAGAGCACCACAGAAAAGAUCCAUGGUUUGAUCCCUGUCAUGCUGAAGCAUCGGCUUGUCCCUCCGCCAGAGGAGACCUACUCUCUCCACCGGAAGAUGGGGGGCUCUUUCCUCAUAUGCUCCAAACUGAAGGCCAAAAUCGCCUGCAAAAACAUGUUCCAGGAGGCCUAUAGCAAAUACUGGAGCAAGAGGGCCAAGGAGCAGGAGCAGGAGCAGUAGUGAAGAUGAACUAAUAAGUGUCUCAUUCUUAAGGCCCAAUCAUACUGUAUCUAGCAAAGAGCAAUGUAGUUUGUCACAUCCCCACAUUCUCAUCUUGAGAUGUAGCAGCCUGUGUGCUGGAAGUUCAAUGUUUGUUUCACAAGGACAAAGUCUUUCUUUAACACAGCGUCUGUCCUAGACUCUGCCAUUAGACUCCCAUGGCUUACAGAAAUUGUCCUCCUGAGGUGGUGGGGCUUAGUUCGCUGUGUUCUUCCACACUGUUCAAAGCACCAACCAGCUAUCUCUAGUGCAUUUUUAACAUUGAUGGUGACUGCAUACUGUGGUUGGGUUUUUAUAAUGUGUUGGGCAGGGUUGAGAGGAGAGUUAGAGAGAACAAAACCAGGUCUAGUUUAUAUUGAAACCUGUUUAUAAUUCUCUGAAAAUCAU